CAUUUUUCAGCACUCCUUCCCCUUAACCAAUACCAACAAAAAAAAAAAAAGAAGAAUCUCAAAGCAACCUCAGAUUAAAAUAAAAGAAGAAGAAUUAGAGAAAAAUCUGAGAGAGUAGUAGAGUAAUAUGAGCUUCUUCUCAUACAACAUCCGAUCACGGUGCUAGAUUUUUUAAUUUUCCAAAACGGAUACAAUACAAUGGAGAGCACCGAUUCAUCCGGUGGUCCUCCACCGCCGCAGCCUAACCUUCCUCCAGGGUUCCGGUUUCAUCCAACCGACGAAGAGCUUGUGGUUCACUACCUCAAACGCAAAGCCGCCUCUGCUCCUUUACCUGUCGCCAUCAUCGCCGAGGUCGAUCUCUAUAAGUUCGAUCCAUGGGAGCUUCCUGCUAAAGCGUCGUUUGGAGAACAAGAAUGGUACUUCUUCAGUCCUCGAGAUCGGAAGUAUCCAAACGGAGCAAGACCGAACAGAGCAGCGACGUCAGGAUACUGGAAAGCUACCGGUACAGAUAAACCGGUUCUUGCUUCCGACGGUAACCAAAAGGUUGGUGUGAAGAAGGCACUCGUCUUCUACAGUGGUAAACCACCAAAAGGCAUUAAAAGUGAUUGGAUCAUGCAUGAGUAUCGUCUCAUCGAAAACAAACUUAACAAUCGACCACCUGGUUGUGAUUUCGGCAACAAGAAAAACUCACUCAGACUUGAUGAUUGGGUGUUAUGUCGAAUCUACAAGAAGAACAACGCAGGUCGACAUGUGGAUAACGAUAAGGAUCACGAUAUGAUUGAUUACAUUUUCAGGAAGAUUCCUCCGUCGUUAUCAAUGGCCGCUACUGCUACAGGACUCCACCAUCACCACCACAAUGUCUCAAGAUCGAUGAAUUUUUUCCCUGGGAAAUUCUCCGGUGGUGGUUAUGGUAUUUUCUCCGACGGUAACACAAGUUUAUACGAUGGAGGUGGCAUGAUCAACAACAUGGGUACCGACUCAGUGGAUCACGACAAUAACUCCGAGGUCGUUGGUUUGAACCAUGCUUCGUCUUCAGGGCCGAUGAUGAUGGCUAGUCUGAAACGAGCUCUUCCUGUGCCGUAUUGGCCUGUAGCCGAGGAGGAGCAGGACGCAUCUCCCAGCAAGCGGUUUCACGGUGGUGGCGGAGGAGGAGAUUGUUCGAACAUGUCUUCUACGAUGAUGGAAGAGACUCCACCAAUAUUGAUGCAACAACAAGGUGGUGGUGGUGGUGUGUUAGGAGAUGGAUUAUUCAGAACGACGCCGUACCAAUUACCCGGUUUAAACUGGUACCCUUCUUAGCCGCCGUUGUGAAGAAUUGUUCCGAUUGGUGGGCUUUAUUUCUAUUUAUAUAUAUAAUUAUUUGAGAUUUGCGUAUAUGUUUUUGGGUUUAAUUAAAUUGGUAUAGGGGGUUAGAGGAAAGGAGAUUUAUUUAAAGAGGAUGAGAACGUAUAGAAGAAACAUAGGAUUUUUAAACCCAAAAAAAAAAAAAA